CAAAAUUUAUUCAUUCUAUAUUAUUAUGAAAAAAAAUACUUUCAAAAUAAUGUUACUAUUUACUUUAAACUCAUAAGUUAUAUUGAUGUUUUUGUAAAUACAUAAAUAUUACCUACUGUGCAUAAUUAAUUAUUAUUCAAUGCUUUACGACUCUAAGAAUCUAAGCACUUUCAUACUAUUAAAAUUAAUUAAUAUUUCACAUUUACGGUAAUAAUUGAAUCCGCAUGUUUCAAGACAGAAUGUGGUUUAUUAUAUAAACAUUAACAUAUAAGAAAAAUAAUAAUGAUUUAAAAUAGGAACGUGAUUGUAUGUUCGAUAAGUUCCAUUAGAAAACACGAAAGCUUGGCUUGAAAUAUUUCUCAUUUAUUAUCGGUACCCAAUGCAUAUUACAAGUAGAAUCAAUCAUAAAAUAUAUCAUGCACCGAUGGCGAAACAUUUGUGGGCUUCCAAAACUUCAUGGUCUUAAAUGUUUCUUUUGCUGUUGUACAAAAUUAAUUUACGUCGAUACGACCCAACCAGGUGAAACAAUGUUCUAUGUCUUUUGUUUUAUUUUGUGUAAGUACAAUAAAUAGUACGGAUAUUUCAAGCGAAAUUCAUGGUCGGAUAAAAACGCGAAAAUAUUAUUCUGCGAAUUUAUUAAACAAUUUGUUAACCUAAAUAAUAGAUAUAUGUAUAGGUACACUUAGUUCCUUGUUUAAUAUUAUCCAAGUUAAUUAAACCGCAAGCACUGUGCAGUUAUAAUAUUAUGUAAGACGUAUAAAUAGAACAAAAUAUCGUUUUAUUGUGCACAAUCGAAAUCAUUGAACGUCUUAAUUGUUAUUAUUGUUGUAAUUAAUUAAUUUUAAUAGUUUUGUCGAAAGUCUGUGUGUGUGUGUAAUGUGUAUGGAGUAUAAUAUGACUAUGCGGCGAGAGUUUAAGUAAGGAUCCAAUUAUGUGCUUUUUUUACUGGAAGAAAUCAAUGUUAAUAAACUUAAAAUGUUUUCUAAGAUCUGCUUCAAAAGUUGAAUAAGUUAUUUACGAAUUCUAAAAUCUUUAUGUUGGUAUGUCAGAGGUCUAUAUAUUUUUGGUUAACUGAAUUUUUUUUAACGUUCCAAUGAAGUCUGCUUAUCCAUUACUAUUGAUGAAAAUUUAAAUUAUUAAACGAUACCUUAAGGCUUUAUGGCUUAUUAUUAUAAGAAUAUAAUAAAAAAAUGAUUUUGUUUUUUAAUUUGUGAAUUUCAUUGAACCAGAUCGAAUAUCUAUAGUCUGCACCAAAUAAUUAAAAAACGUCUUACGGUGCAGAAUUUAAUUUUAGAAUGGGAAACAAAUAGUAUAACAAUUUACUAGGUACCUCAGUAGCGGCUCGUGAGUUAAUAUUCUGGGGAGACUUAAAAUUAUAUAACAUAAACUACGUACAACAACGAACAAGAAAAACCCUAUUAUUGAAAAUCUAAUAAUAUUAUAGUAUUACAUAUUUAGUUAAUAUUUUUAAGUUUAAUUUGAUUUUUUUGUUCGUAAGUUAAAGUAUUAAAACCACUAAUUAAUAAUAUGUCUAUUAUAUUGUAUUUUUGCAUUUUUAAAAUAAUUAGAAAUAUAACAAAUAUCAAAUAGAAGAUAGUAUAAAACCCUGUAGUAAACGGGUUAUAGUUAUUAAAUCAUAAAAAUGCAUUAAAUUAUGACAGCGGUCAGCGACUAAGAACGGCGCGCGGUACGGCAAUUAUUGUCGUGAACCCAGUCUCAAUAGAGUCUAUAAUACGCAGCUUAUUCUCCCUGCCCCCUCCGGCCCUCCAACGAACCGGCCAUACCAUUUUACAUGUUAUGAUUGAAACUGUCGGGCGGCAGUUUCACUGUAAAGGCGACCGUCACCGUCAUCGAUAAAACUAAAAUAGCAUUUCUAUUAAAAUAACUAUUUAAAGGUUUUAGAUUUGGUUGCUUUCAAUUUAUAAUAUUAAACAAAGAAAACGAUAUAAAUUAUAUAAUAUUAUAUUUUCAAUUCGAAUAAAAAUAUUUUUAUGCAUUAUUAUUUUAAUUAAUUAUUAUUUACAAGUAACUGGGUUUUUUUAAGGGGGAGACUCAGUCUCAAAGUCUCCCCUGACGAGCCGCCCCUGCCUAUGUAUAGGUAUAUACAAUAAAUCAUGUAUUGCUAUUUGGUGUUAAAAAAAAAUAUCAUAUCUCUAAUUCAAAGCUAAAGUACCGGGUUGUAAAAUCCAAUUUAUGAAAUCGCAAUAUCCAAUGCAAUAAACAUCGUUAACAAAAUAAAUCAUAUUAUAAUAUGAUUAUUAUUAAAACGUCUGACUAGAUUAUAGAUGUAGACCAUACUUGGCGGGUACAAUAAAGUGCUUUGUUACGGAGGUACCUUCACCAUUAAAAUAGAUAAGUAUCUAUUAGCUUAACCGACAAAAAAUAAUAUUAACGAUAAUAAUAUUUGUAACACGUUUUUUUCUCUCAUUACAAUAUGCACACUAUAUUUUCCAUUCGCACAUCAUUCUUCUUCCGUUUCGCCCACACGCUUGUGCCACCGCCUCGAUAAAUAUAUAUAUAUAUAUAUUUAUAUUUUUUUCAUCGGCUCGACAAUAGUGUUUACGAUAAUAAAAAAUAAUACCUACUAUAUUAUAAUAUCGGUCUAUAAUACGUACAUGGAACGCGCCGUAAAUAAAUAAUGUAAAUUACAAUUAAGAUUUUUGCGUCUGCGUUUCUUUCAGUAAUAACGGCAACAAAAACAAUAAUAAUAUUUUACAUAGGUAUUAUAUGUUUCUGUGCUUGUGCGUUAUACAAAAUAUAUCGUCACGAAUCCAUUAUAAUAUUAAAUUUUAUUCCGACUUAAUUUUUUUUUAUUAAUUUUGCUUUUCACGUGACUCUGUGGGCAGGUAACGACGAUAUUAUUAUAACAAACCCUUGAUGAAAUUUUUUUUAUAGUCCGUAGACCAUUCUACUCGCAUAGUCAUAUAUGGUUUAAUAUAAUGUUACAUACUCAGGGGCGCCCGGAGAGAGGGGCCAGUGGGUGCCAUUGCACCCACUGAGAUUUUUUAAUAUACAAAAAAAUAAUUAUAUUAUAUUAUAAAAUAUUCAAUUUUUUUCUGAUUUUUUUUCUAAAAACCAAUAAUCACGUAAGGUAAAUUUUCACAGAAUAAUAUUAUGUCCUUAUGUCUUAUGACGAUAUUUAGUAUAUUCUUAUACACUGUGUCACUGUGUAUGGUAUAAUUAUUAUUAUAUCUACUAUCUAGACUAUAUAUUUAUAUUUAGAUGUCAGAACAAAAUAUACGGGAAUUACCCGAAAACAAGUAACACUCUCCUCUACUAUUUGAUUCAUAAUUUUCAUAAUUUUUUGCAUUAAAUUUUGAGUUAUGUUUAUAUAAUAAAGUAAAUAUAUGUUAAAUAUAUAACAUGCAUUUCAAUUUGCACCCACUGAGCUGAUUUUCUGCGGGCGCCCCUGUACAUACUCACUCGAUCGGGCGAGCAUAGGUUCACAAAACAGUAAUAAUAAUACGUCAUAUAUACAAACACUCUAGGCGGAAAUACGGGCAGUCACUGCAGUUCAUUACGAGUGUGUUAUAAAAAUUAAUCGUCAUCCCAACACGAGAAAGCCUCGUCGUGUAACUCACCCGCUGGCCAAUAUUACGCGUUUGUGGUUACAACGAUGGCGAUGAUAAUAUUAUUAAAUGUGUUUCGGCAACCGCUUCGGGUCUGGUUUUCCAACGAGACAUUGCGCCUACCGGUGAAAUAAUAUAUCGUUGUGAAAAAGAUUUCCAAAAAAUUUUACUCGAUUAAGAAGAAAACGAUUGAUGUAUUAUCAACGCACAGUAUAAACCCAUUUGGUCUAUUAACUUGAAAUUUUGUACAUAGAUUUUAUAUACUAUGGUUUUGGCAAGCAUUAAUAAUUUUUAGAACUCAUAAUACCACUCCCAUAGGUGAUAUAAUAUUAUUACUCAUUAUCCUUAGCACAUAAAGUUUAACAAUACAGAAAUUUCUCGUUCGAAUUUCGAAUUGGAUGCAUCAAAAUAUCUUACCGUAAACGGUGAUUGUUGUUAUAAAAACAAGUUUAUAUAGUCACUGCACGUGAGUAUAUUUGGUGAAUCAUUCUGCACAAUACACAAUAUUAUAUUAUUAUACCACAACAGUAUUAUAAUACGCGGACAAACCUGUAACUGCUGGACCACUGGACCAGUAGAAACAGUAGCUCCGUCAUCGUUGUGAGAUGAUCGCGAUUUCUUAAUUCGUCAUUAACGAACAGCCGCGGUUCGAGCGAUUUCGCGUCAUUGCAGAUCGUAUUCGCGUCAUCGGUACCGAUUUCCCUUGACGCCACUUCUGUGGGCCGUGCCGAUAAUAUCACGUCGACCAGCAGAUCGUUAUUGAUUUACCGCAGUUUCGUGUAUGAAUUAUGCUUAAGAAGAAUAUUCAUUAAUAGUGUACACUAUUAUCAUUGCACGACUGACAAUAGGUAGCGACCGCGUUUCAUAUUUCGAUAUCUGUGUGGCAAAGCGAGCGACGAUUUAACGCCCUCUGGGUAGGAACUAAAUACGAAGCGUCAACCGUCCUCUCGUUUUUUCACGGUGAUUUCAAUAGCGACUUUCGUGACGUUAUAUACAAUACAUGUAUGUGUUUCGAUGGAAUAAAUCGAUUUUCUACUGCGACACGAUGGCGACCGACGGGAGUAGACGUAAAAAUAUAUCAUACAGUUUACACAAGACCCGAUGGCCGAUGAUGACGAUGAUUUUAGGAUCGACGCCGAUCGGCUAAUUACUUUUCCUCUUUAGCUCGUGGUACACGUUUCAACUCGCAACAACCGUAGUGUGAGAAAACGUUCGCCACUUUUGUUUCGCACUAAUUAUAAUGUAUAAUAUUACCACCGAUCAUCGCCCAGUUUCAAAAUUAUAACAUCAUCAUCGAUCGGGUUUUGAAUAAUUCUCACACGACGACGCAUUCGAGGAUCGACCCAAAAAUUUCGGUCCGCACUCUUCACGGAUCCAACGUUAUGGAAGAUAGAUAAUAAUUAUAAUAAUAAACUUUUACACGCGUACUACUCCAUUUUAUGCUUUAUAGAAACAUCACUAAAUAAUUAUAUUAUGUUAUACUUCAAACAUUUCGCCCGACUUCUUUGUUCGUAGAGACAUUCGUAUUUGUUUUUUUUUUUACUUUCUUUAUUUUUUACUAUUUUAAAUCACCAUAAUAUAUAUUUUAGAUUCUAAACAAUGAGUUAACUGUAUCGAUUUUGCAAACUGCUUCGAUUAUCAUCUUGGAAAAAAGUUUCUGGUAGAAAAUUGGAUUUGUUUGCACCUACUUUGGCGGGUCAAAUAUAAAAAUUGCUCAGUUCUCUUCAAAUAAUCGAUGGGUAAAAAAUAUGAACAUUAGUAAAAAUGAAUAUAAUAUAUAGAAUAAUUGUUCGGUAAUAUUGAUACCAAAAUGUUUGACUGUUUCAACUUAGAAUUGUGUUUCAUCAAAUACAAUAAUUUAUCGUUUAAUGCAAAUUUACACGUCAUCCGUCACUGGUCAGUGACCCAAUCAAUUACUAUUACACUUGACACCUAUUUUACAGAAGAGCGGUUACCUAUUUUAUGCCUUUUUUAUCUUCACUUUUAGAAAGUAUACUGAUAAUUUAUUGUAUAAAAAUCAAAUUUCGAUUGAGGAGUUUAUUAGUUAUACGUAUUUUAACUUAAAAUGAGCUGGAUGGAAAUCAUAUUAUAGUACUCCGUUGAUCGCUAAUCAAUACUUUAAAUAAAAUUAUAACUAAUUAGAUCCUAAUCCUAAAUUAAAUUUCUAUGUAUUUUUAAUUCUGAGAGAAAUAUUCUAUUUAAAAUGUACAUUAUUUGAAAAAGUAAAACCUAAUAUUUAUGAUGAUAAAAAUUGAAAAAAAUAAUUUAUUAAAUGUUUUUUUUUUAAAUAAUGAAUGUUCUAAUACAAAAUAAAAAAAUAAUAGCAACCCUGUACAUAACAAUUAUACUAUGAGCUACACUGCUACAUCAAUAAUUAUUCAUUGGCAGUAUUUGCGUACAACAGUUGAUAUUUGAUUAUUAUUGUGAGGUGCUUUGCAAAGACGACCUUCAUUAUCUAAAUUCAUGUCGCAGACAAAUUUUUUUCCAUAUAUAUGUUAAUGGUUACUCGUAGAAAAUUGUGAAAAAAAAAUGUUUAUAUUCAUUAUUCAAUAAUAAUUAUUGUUGGUGUUUACACAAGAACGCGUCACCGUAAAAUUUGGUUUUAGAUUUUAGACGAUGUUUUAUAAUACACCGAUAAUGACACAAAUUACGUAACAAUAAUAUAGCGAUGAGCUCUAUGAAUGUCAUUUUUUUUUUAUGAAAAUCUGUUAACGGAUAAGUAUAUAUGACUUUUAUUUAUAUUAAGACAACUAUUGAAAUGUAUAUAAAAUGUUAGAUAACCCACUUAUUGAACACAAGUCUCUCAAAUCUGUACCAAUUACUAUAAAUAUUUGUUAGCAAUUAUAAUAUAUAUUUUUAACAAGUUAAAAAACAAGUUUCAAUGUCUUUUCGUUUCAGAAUUUUUUGUUAUCUCUACUCGUUGAAAAAUUGUUACCUUGGUGGCGUGUACCUAAGUAAACAAUCUAAAUAAGUUUCACAUUUUGACAAUCUUUUCGUUAUUUAAAUUAAAAAUGAUAUUAAUAAUUGUGACCACAACUUGUUUUGACUCGUUGUUAUAUUUAGUUUCAGGGACGGUGUUAGUAUAUUAUUUGCUAUGUAUAUAUAACUAAAAUAGAUAUUUUGACAAGAAUCGAAAUUUAUUUUUAUCCGUAAUCAACACUUUUAAAUAGGUCAUAAUUAGUAUCACAUAUAUAUGGACGGUUUUGGUGAGAAAGGGGAUAAGUCACUCAAAGCAAAAACUUGUUGUUAUAAAUAAUAUUGUUAUUAAUGUGAUGUGAUCGACGAUCGUCUUCACAGGCACAAUAAGAAUAGAUGUAAAUUCAUAUUUUUUCGAAUUUAUUUGACAUAAUUAUUAUUAGUGUAGUUGUGUAAUCAUUUUAAUUAAAUUAAUACAAAUUGAUAUUUGAAAGAGAUGACUUCUAAAAGAUCUAAACUACUUCUAACAUUGGCAAAAAAUUUUAAUGAUGCCAAGCAACAGUCAACAUCAACCAUCACCAAAUUACCAUUGCGACGCAAUUUGAUGCAUUCAUUUAAUGCUGCUUUAAAUUCUGAUAUAAAUGACCAAAAUAACCAGCAUAACGAGUCAAACGACAAUAUGGAAAUUGAAAAUCAUACUGAUGUCAAUGAAAUUAGUUGUGUAAAUUCAAAAAUGAAUGUUCAACAAUGGGUAAAUCAGUGUAACUUUUUUGAUGCCAACGAACACAAAAAUAAUAGUGUAAAUAUGAUAACAUUAAAUGGUGAAGAUUUUGAAAUAAUAGUACAAGAGACACCUGACUAUGAUAAUGAUGUUAGUGUAGUAUUAGAAACACCUGAGCAUGUUUUUGAACCAGAUUUUGCUAUGAAUAUAGAAAAUGUUGAAAAUGUUGAAAGUCUUGGAAUAAUUGACAAUAUUGAAAAUGAUGGUAAUGUUGAAAAUGUUGAAAGUCUUGGAAUAAUUGAAAAUAUUGAAAGUGAUGGGAAUGUUGAAAAUGUUAGUCAUAGCAGAAAAAAUAAAAUCAGCAAAAAGGGAGAUACCAGACUUUAUAGACAAAACAGGAAAGAAAAAAGAAAUUGUGGGGAGCAAUAUGUUACUAAUAAAGGAAAGCUAGUUAAUGGUCGUGUAUCUAGACCUUUAACUGACUAUAGACUAAGAUGUAAGACUAAAAUUAAUUGGGAUUUACAACAAACAUUGUUCAAUAUUUACUGGUCGAUGAAAUCAUAUGAUAGGCGGAUAACAUAUAUAUCUAAUCUCAUAAGACCAACUAAAAAAGCAGUUACUAGAAAGAGAAGAGACACUCCAGAAAAGCAAAAAAAUAGACAAAUGACAUAUCAAUAUCAUGUUCCAAAGGACAAUGAAAUGGUUAUUAUUUGCAAGUUAUGUUUCUUAAACAUAUUUGGUGAAACUCCAAAAUUCAUUCAAAAAAUUUGUACACAAAAACUUUUAUCUCCUGCUCAAAAAAUGUCUCCAGAUAAGAGAGGAAAAAAUACACCAAAAAAUAAGAAAAGUCCACAAACUGUUAAAUCUAUUUUAAAUCAUAUUAAUCUGCUUCCAUCUUAUGAAAGCCAUUACUGCAGGAAAGAGACUGUAAAAAAAUAUUUACCUCCUUAUUUUACUAUGCAAUUGGCAUAUGAUGAUUAUAAAAAAACUACAAAUGAGUCAGUCAGUCGUUGGUUGUAUGAAAAACAUUUUAAAAAAUCUGGUUUGAAAAUAAAAAAUCCAAAAAAGGACACUUGUUCCCAAUGUGACAGCUUAAAUAUACAAAUUGUCAACAAUAGGUGCACAAAUGAACAAAAGGCUGAAUUGAUUAUUAAAAGAAGUAAGCACCACGUAGAAGCAGAAGAUGCAUAUGAAUCAAAAAGGAAAGACUCUAGUUUAGUAACUGAUGAUAUAUGUGUGAUAGAAUUUGAUCUUCAACAAUGCCUUCCAACUCCCAACUUGGAAUCAUCAGUGGCCUUCUACAAAAGACAGUUAUGGACAUUUAAUCUUACAGUACAUAAUGUUUUAACGUCACAUGCAUAUUGUUAUAUUUGGAAUGAAACAAUUGCUAAAAGAGGUGCCAACGAUAUUGGGUCUUGUGUAUUCCAUUACUUAUCAAAUCUUCCACCAAAUAUAUCUCAUGUUAUAAUGUACAGUGACUGCUGUCCAGGCCAAAAUAAAAAUACUAUAUUUAUGGCUAUGUGCUUGGCUUUUUUGGAACAGCAAGAUAAAAUACAAAUUAUAGACCACAAAUUCAUGGUACCAGGGCACACGCGAAUGGAGUGCGACUCUGACCAUGCACGUAUAGAAAAAGCUAAGAAACGUUUCUCUGCUCCUAUCAACCAUCCUCAUGAUUGGGCACAAUUGAUUCGUUAUGCUGGGAAAGAUAAAUUUAGUGUCAUUGAAACAGAUCAAACUCAUUUUCUAGAUUUCAAUAGCUUAUUAAAAUCAAAAUAUCAAUUUAAAAAAAAAAUGUUGUUGGGCAGUUGUUUUUGUUCAGAGAUGCCAAGUGGUUCAGAUAUAAAAAGUGUAAUAAAGAUUUGGUAUACUACAAAACUUCAUUGAAAGAAGAUGCAGAAUUUGAAUGUUUAAGUUUAUCUCGAAGAAAUGCUAUUUCCAACCCAUUACCAACCAUACCCAAAGCUUAUAAUAAUGAUUUACCUGUAACACUUGAAAAAAAAAAGGAUUUACUAUCAUUAUUACAAUUCAUUCCUGAAUUGUAUCAUGAUUUUUAUAAACAAUUAAAAACCAAGGAGAAUUUAAAUGAUCCUAUUGUGUCGGAUGAAGACGACGAGUAAGAUAUUAAUUACCUAAUGUGUUUAUCAUUUUUUAUUAAUUGUUUUUAUUUCAAUUUUCUAUAAACUAUUAUUAUUAUGUUAUGAUUAUGUUCCUAAAGUAAGGAUAUCAAUAAAUCAUUAAAGUUUUAUUUUUUAAUACUCUUAAAAUAUUAGAUAGUUAUA